GAUGGCAUUUUUGGUUCUUCUUUCCGUUUACAGUUCUUAAAGGAACCAUUUUUAAAAAGAACCUUUUACUUUAAGAGUGUAUUACCACUGAACCAUGACUGUACCGCCGUGGUAAGGGACAGAUCUGUAGCAAGAGGUGCAGUGGGGGAGUGUGUUAGGAGGGAGGGUUGAUGAUGAUGAGGAGGAGGAGGGUGUGGGACCCGGAUGCUGAUGCGAGGAACCAGAACGGAGAAAAUAACGCUUUUCAACGCAAAUAAACCGUCAAGACAGACAAGAUAUCAGCGAUCAGUGCGCAACGUAUUAAAUCAGCAUCAAAAACAUCAAAUCCCUUCCCCAAAAGUGCACAGCGGAUGCGAGCGUGCGCGGGACCGGCGGGAGAGGACACGGCGGAGAAGAGAAGGAUGAGGAUGCUGCGGUCCGUGCGGCAGGAUGGAGCUCAACAUCAGCAGCAGAGAUGAAACAGAUCUAGUAGAUCCGCCACAGUGAUGCGAAAGGAAGCAGCCAAACCUGGAUCUCCUUGCAGUGACAUACACGAUCGGACUUGAGUUUUGGGCAGUGUUGCUACAUAUGAAACGGGAUUAGAUUUACCUGUUUGUUUAACAGUAAAUGGUAAGAUUCUGGUUGCUUUACCUAUGAUUUAGGCCUAGCAUAAGUGUACUGAAGGCUUGUGUCCACUUAUAUAUUUUACAUACACUAGUAAAGAGGAGUUUCUAAACGGUGUUUGUUAUGAGGUGAUAGAUACAUCUAGAAGCACUGGUCAUAAGGAGCUACUGACAGGAUCUUAUCAAUACUGCACCUGGCUCUCUGUAAUGGCAUGCACUGUGAAUUAAAAGUCUGAGAAGGGUGACUUUGAUUGGCAAAGCUAUGAAUUAGGCUGCUUCUAUGGACCUAACUGUAUCUUUGCAUUGCCAUCUGUAUCUUUCCACUCGUCUACAUGACUCACAAUACAAUUCGGAGAGAUUUCAGAAUAAUUAACAGGCCCGUGUGACUGUUGCCGAGACAGAUUUUAGGGAAUCCCAAGCUCAGCAUGGAUAUAUUUCCAGGUUGUUGCAGACCCCUGCAAGACUAUUGUAGAAAAACUCAGCUUAGAAACAGUAGGCUGUGAUAAAAUUGCAUGCAGUAGCAAGUUUAACAGGAGCCAGGCCGCCACUAUGUCUAAGGAACUGUCAGUGACCCUGGCAGCUCAGUAUGUGGGGCCGUAUCGACUAGAAAAGACUCUCGGGAAGGGCCAGACAGGUCUGGUGAAGCUUGGGAUUCAUUGCAUCACUGGUCAAAAAGUAGCCAUCAAAAUAGUCAACAGAGAAAAACUCUCAGAAUCUGUGUUGAUGAAGGUGGAGAGAGAAAUUGCUAUUUUAAAACUGAUUGAACAUCCACACGUGUUGAAACUCCAUGAUGUUUAUGAGAAUAACAAAUACCUGUAUUUGGUAUUGGAGCAUGUUUCUGGUGGAGAGCUGUUUGACUAUUUGGUGAAGAAGGGCAGACUGACGCCUAAAGAGGCACGAAAGUUCUUCAGACAAAUCAUAUCUGCUUUGGACUUCUGUCAUAGUCACUCCAUAUGUCAUAGAGACCUGAAACCAGAAAACCUUCUGCUGGAUGAGAAGAACAAUAUCAGGAUUGCAGACUUUGGCAUGGCCUCACUACAGGUGGGAGACAGUCUGCUGGAGACAAGCUGUGGAUCUCCUCAUUAUGCAUGUCCAGAGGUUAUCAGGGGUGAGAAAUAUGACGGUCGACGGGCUGAUGUAUGGAGCUGUGGAGUCAUUCUCUUCGCUCUGCUAGUGGGCGCACUGCCCUUCGACCACGAUAACCUGCGGCAGCUGCUGGAGAAGGUGAAGAGUGGAGUGUUCCACAUGCCCCAUUUCAUCCCACCCGACUGCCAGGCUCUGCUGCGGGGCAUGAUCGAGGUCAACCCUGAAAAAAGAUUCACGCUAGAGGCCAUCCAGAAACAUGCCUGGUAUCAAGCUGGACGCAAUGAGCCGUGUCCGGAGCAGCCGCCCCCGAGGCGUGUGUGUAUGGGUCGAAUCAUGUCUCUGACAGAGCUGGACCCGGAUGUGCUGGACAGCAUGUAUUCUCUAGGGUGUUUCAGGGACCGGGUUAAACUGGCCCAAGACUUGCAGUGUGAAGAAGAUAACCAAGAGAAGAUGAUCUAUUAUCUCCUAUUAGACCGUAAAGAGCGCUAUCCCAGCUAUGAGGAUGAGGAUCUUCCUCCCAGAAAUGACGUCGUGCAUUGCAUUCAUGGUAUACAUUUUAUCAGUUUUCCUGGUAAUCGAACCCACGGCCUUGGCGUUGCUAGCGCCAUACUCUGCUGUUUGUGCUACAGGCAAACUGCAAACGUUUUGUCUUUCUAUAUAGACCCUCCACGGAAGCGUGUAGACUCACCCAUGUUAACCCGUCACGGCCGCUGCCGGCCAGAAAGGAAGAGUCUGGAGGUGCUGAGUGUGACGGAGCAGGGCUCUCCCACACCCCCGCGCAGAGCGUUGGACACCUCCUCGCACAGCCAAAGAUCUCGAUCUGUUAGUGGAGCAUCAACUGGCCUUUCUUCUAGUCCUCUGAGUAGUCCCAGGAGCCCUGUCUUUACCUUCAGCGAGCCAGAGGUAGUUGCCGCCACCAAAGCGGGAAGCGGCAGCACCGCCGCUCGUCCCAAUCGAUCGCAUGAACCCAAAACGCAGACGCUUCCAUCUAAAAAUGCACCUGAACGCCCCCACCUCCAGUCCAUGAAGUCCCUCCCCCUGCCCGCCUCCACUUCCCGCUCUCCCUCCCCUUCUCCCCUCUUGUCACCCAUUCCCCGUUUCCUCUUCUUUCCUUCUCCAUCUGCAGUGCUGAAGUCGGUGACUAAAAGCUUGUAUCCCAUGUCUCAGGUCACCCCUCAGGGCUCUCCCCUGCCAACCCCCCUGGGUACCCCUGUGCAUCACCCCCACCCCCCCACCGCUACCCCACCCUCCUCCUCCUCUUCCUCUUCUUCCUCCCGAGCCGAGGGAGGAAAUGUGGGCGUGGGCUCACUCUCCUUGACCCCACCCUCUAGUCCAGGGGGAGGCGGUGGCAUGGCGGCCAGUAGCUCCGCCCACUGGAGGACACGCCUCAACUCAUUGAAGAACAACCUGUUGGGGUCGCCGCGGUUCCACCGCCGCAAGCUGCAGGUGCCAACCUCAGAGGACAUGUCCAGUUUGACACCAGAAUCCAGCCCAGAGCUGGCUAAAAGGUCCUGGUUUGGGAAUUUCAUCAGUUUGGAAAAAGAAGAGCAGAUUUUUGUGGUCAUCAGAGACAAACCUCUUAGUUCCAUUAAAGCUGAUAUCGUUCAUGCCUUCCUCUCUAUUCCCUCCCUCAGUCACAGCGUGAUCUCUCAGACAAGUUUCCGAGCAGAGUAUAAGACUUCUGGAGGUCCGUCUGUCUUCCAGAAGCCUGUCAAAUUCCAGGUAGACAUCUCCUUCUCUGAGGGGGAAAGAGAGCGGGAGCGGGAGAGAGAGAGGGAUGGACAGAAGGAUUUUGGAAUUUACAGUGUAACUUUUAGCCUCAUAUCAGGUCCAAGUCGCAGAUUUAGAAGAGUUGUUGAAACGAUUCAAGCCCAGUUGCUCGGUGCUCAUGAUCAGCCCAUGGCGCAAACUCUUUCAGAUGAGAAGAACGGUCGCCCUCCAAGAACACCAACCAGACAAAACUCCCGGCGCUCAGAGGGCGGAGGCGAUCGCUGUGAAUGGGUGGAGCGCGGCGAGGCCGGGGUUUUACUCCAGCGCAGGGGGUCGGGAAAAGAAAGAACCCGCCUGCUUUCCUCCAGUGGAACACAAUCACAGCCCUGAACGAGAAAUAUUGUGAAUAAUCAGCUAUCCAUCAAGAUAUGAUGAGCCAUGAUAUGAGACAAAACUACUUUUUCUUUUCCCCUUCUCACCUCAGAACAGCAUGAUGGUAAAAUGUGUUUUUAAAGGAGCUUUUUGAAAGCCUAAUGAAACCAAAUACUGAUACACGAACAGUGCAAGAACAUGGGAUGCAAUGAAGCAAGAAUCAUCUCCACUGAACAAUAACUCAACAUACAGUUCUGGGAUCCGAGGAACACCUCUGAAAUUGGAUUAAUUUGUCAUCCUGGACAAUGCUUUGAUUUAUGCUGUAUUUUCUCUCAUGUGAUUUGGAUGUAAUGUGCAAGCUUGAGUCUUUAGAGUUUAUAAUGACAUUCAUAAAAGGUUCCGGUUGUGGGUAGCACACCAUCUGUUCCUUACAGUCCUGCUAUCUGUUUCAGCAAUCGAGUAAUUAGAGCAACAGAGAUCUUAGUCCAAUUAGUCUGAAUUUUUAUCCUCCAAAUCAUGUUUUUUUAAAAAGAAUAUUUAGAGAUCCAGAUCCAAAAGCUAUCAGCACCAAGAGUCUGCUCAGUCAUAUGCAAUAAAAAUCAAUAAGCUACAAAAGAUUCAGUUUAACAAAGCUGCACACGCUGAAUCUUUUAAAACAUGAUUACCUCCUUGAGCGGACAGACUCAUGAUGAUUCUAUGACCGUAAAUAGUACCGUUGCUCACCAGCCCUUUGUCAUUAUCUAUAGACAACUUCAUUUUCACUCUCCACAGAAAUGCUGCAUGCUAAAUAACAUCAACCCUCACAGCAAGCUUCACCCCUAAUGACUAAAUGUGAUUGUAAAACAAUUCUGCGUGCAUUUACACAUCUAAAUCUGGCCUCGAUUCACCCUUUUGGCAGCUCAAACAUACGAGAGAGCGUCUGACUAAUGGAGGAUUCCCGUGACUGUUGUCUCCAACAAGAGUUCAACUAUAAAGUUUCCCUUUUAAAGGGAACGGGAAACUCUCCAAAAUGCGAAAAGGACGUUCAUUCCAAUUCUCUGUUGCUGCAAGACUUUUGGUUGAAGCCAACCAAGUGAAUGUCGUUGACUAUUUUACUAAUGAAUUUUGAUUUAUCAAAAAUAAUUCGUUUGUAUAUUAUUCUAGGGAUUGAAAAAGAGUGGCCAUUAGGUGUACAUAUCUGUGUUUAUGAAAGAAUGGAAUGUUUGGGGUAUUAAAAAUACAUAUUUUGGGAGAAUACAAUAAUUAUCUGCACUCUUAAAAAUAAAGAUUCCAAAAGACAGUGAUACCAUAAAAAAAAACUUUCAAUGAAGUGCCCCUAUUAUGCUUUUUCGAAUAUCACCUUUUAUGAGUUGUGAAAUAUAGCUGGUUGUAAAUGUAAAAGGUCUGCAAAUUCGGGGACCUAUAAUGCCCCUUUUCACAAGAUGUAAUAUAAGUCUCUGGUUUCCCCAGAAUGUGUCUGUGAAGUUUCAGCUCAAAAUACCCCACAGAUCAUUUAUUAUAGCUUGUCAAAUUUGCCCCUGUUUGGGUGUGUGUCUCUUUAAAUGCAAAUGAGCUGCUGCUCCCAGCCCACUUUCCAAAAGAGGGCGGAGCUUUAACAGCUCGCACUUCAGAUGCUCAACAACAACAAAACAGGAGAAUUUCACGCAGCCAAAAUGAGGAUUGUCAGUAACGGUGUUCAGCCUUACAUUGUUCAAACCGGAGUCGGACACUGAGACUCAGGAAGAAGUUACAACUUUUAGAAUGCAACUGGACAUUUCUGAAUGGAUAUUGGAUAAAUUAAUGUAGCUGCUGUGGAGUGGAUUCAACUCAUCGACUAGCAUGUGUCGUCAUGUUAAUCUUUUGAGCAAAUCCAGCGUUAAAUUGACCCUCGUUUCUAAAGCAGUCCGGCGUAAAAUGACGGCACGGCAACAACACUCUACUACAACAACUCUUCCUCUUCUCUAAAGCAGCCCAACAUGGCCUCACCCCCUUUGUUGCGUGUUCUUGGGGGCAGGGUUUAUGUAAAUUUUAGGGUUGGUGAUAUCACUAACCCAGGAAGAAGCUCGUUGUAGUCCCCACCAGCCGUUUGUUGUAGUCCUUUAACAGCGAAUUCUUUAAAAGAAAAUAUCUAUCUUUGCAACGAACUUUGAGCGUUGUAACUUUGCAGAUGUUGUUUAUGCUCUAACUGAAACAUUACACUAACUAAAGUUAAAAAAGUGAAAUCAUAAUCAACCAUCCCUUUAAGGAUAAAAGUGCACGACAAAUAAAGUUAUUGUAUCCUAAAAGAAAGAAUCGAUUCUGAAUUCCUGAAAUGAGUCUGCAAUUCCAGUCUCACUGUUACAAAUCAACAUAACAAUGUAACAAAUUUGCUUAAUGUCAGCCUAUUGUUUUCAUUGGCUGCUCACAAACAACAUCUACCUUGACCGACCCUCAAACAUUGUAGUUGUAGCUGAGACUGGAAGAGUUUGUUUUGUGUUGUCAACAUGUUGAGAAGAUGCUGUUUUCAGCGCUGCUAAUCCACUUUGCCGCAUUUCAAAAGGAUGAGGACUCACGGUGGAAUUUAUACGGAAAAACUGACGCCAUUGCUACUGUUCGUAUCACUGUGUAUCAAACGCUGAAGAAGCCUCCGGAGAUAUGGUAAUGGGCGUUUAGGUUCUGACACGCACUGUAAACGGUAGACCAAUCACAACAGACUGGGCCGUCUGACCAAUUAGAGAAGAGUAGGAGGUGUUUAAAGAGGCUAACAAACUGUUUUCAGACUCUUUGAGAAAUAAGGUGAUGUGCAAUGUAUAUUAUGAAAUAUUUACUAGUGUUUUUUGACCUUGAAUGCAUGUAAAACUGUUAUAAGAGACCUCCAACCUUUAAAAGGGCAUAAUAGGGGCACUUUAAAAUAACAAUUAGUGUGAAGCACAUUUUAAUAAUCUGAUUUUUUCCCCCAAUGUAAAGUACCUUUUAAGUUUCCAUGGCUGUUAAAGGUUCUUCAUGGAACUAUUUAUUUUUAAGAGUGUAUGGCAAAGGUCACUUUGUGAAGGAAAAAGGAAACAUGCUUUUGACUCAUAUCCUAAACACAUUUUGGAUUUAAAACUAUUAAUUAUUGGUUCUGUCGCCAGCUCUUUUUUCGCAAGAAAUAUUUUCGAACAGAUUUCCUGAACCCUCCCCCUCAUCUGUCAUUCAAACAGAUAGGCCCACCCCAAAUUCACAUCAAUGUUUGACUCAAAUUUGUUUUAUCAUGCAAAAUUCCCAUACAUAUUAAGCCGGGAUAGAAGUAUUUUAAAUUUCCCUCUAAAAAUACACACUUCACCUUUAAGAAGAAAGCAGAAUUGCAGAAAGGACCUGAAUUUGAAUCCCUUUGCACAGUAUUACCGUAAUGACAGCAAACGAAAGACUUCCUCUGGACAUUAUCUGAUGUGGGAGAUAUGCUGUACCUUACAUACCUAAAGAGAAAAUUGAAUAACGAAUGGUAUCCGAAACAAAAUAAGCCAUUGUCUAGGCCACGGACCUUGCUCGCACCAUCUCACGAGAUAUGUACAUUCACAUCAAUUUGUCUCUAAUUAUGAUUAUGAUACAGUAUAAAAUAUGAAAUUGAUCUCUUUGUACAGCACUGCUUUGUCAUCGGGCUUCCGUGCAGCGGUUAUGCAACUGAUCCAGCAUAAUAUAUCUGAAAGAGGGACCUCUAUGACACUCUCUCUCUGUAUAAAUGGCUUUUCUGCUCAACAAUUGUCAUGAAUCCUGUAAAUGUGAUCCUGCAGAGUUUUGUGUGUCUGUCUGUGUCAGUUCACUAAUAUGUUCCAUUUUUUACUUGCAUAAUUAUUUAUUUAUUAUAUGGGCAUCAGUUGGAACUAAACUGUUCAUUAUAUCUAUCAUGUGACAGAUGUACCAUCAUAUCAUAUUUAUAAUAUGCAUAUAGUUAGGGCCGUCGCUAGCAGGUCGAAAGGUGGUGACAAUUCUAGGAAUAACAACAAGAAAAAAUGACUUAGGAACAGCAUUGCCAACACAAUAUUGAUUUUUUUUACCAUGUUAAAUCUUGCCAGGUUUCAUUAACUAAUUUCUGUGGUUAUGUAUGUAUGCGUGCAAUGUCUUUCCAACCCCUCAACAGGAUUUUAAAUAUAUCAGUGAAUAUAUGUUGACAUCUCAUUGACUAUGAGUGAAUGAAUUAUAGUGUUGCAUCUGGAAGUUUGUGCAGUGUUUGUUCACAAUGCACACAGGUUAACCAUAUGGUUAUGGGUGAGUGCUCUGCAUGUCAGACCACAAUGUUCUUUGUAUAUCUGCUUUGAAAGUAAAUGUGUGUGUAUGGACGUGCAGUUGGAAUGCAUUAUGCUAUUGUGCAUAUGUGUGUGUGUGUAUGUGUGUGUGUGUGGGAGAGAGAGAGGGAAUUAAAAUGGAUACAGGAUGGUCUACGUAAUCAGUUUGAUAGGCAUCAAUAAAAAUAACCAACAAAGCCA